AUGACAGUUUCCAAUAAUAAAAGUUUUAAUAAUCAAGCGGAUCCAUUGUCACUUAAUAAUACAUUUGAGUGUAACAAUAAUUUCAAGAGAUAUUCAACUGUUUUGAAGAAUGUAGAUUUAAAUGAUGAAUCAAAACUUAUAGAAUUGUAUGGAAAAUGUAAUUUAAAAUAUGUUGUUAUUAUUUCUAAAUCAUCUAAGUAUAUACCUUGGGUACCUGAACCUGGUCAAGAAAAAGACAAUGAACUAAUGAAUGAAGAUGAACUAUUUGCAUUGAAAUGGAAAAGGAGAAGACUUUUAAAUGAAGUACUCGAGGAAAGAUCUUUCCAAUUUGUGAGUACUAUAAAUGAAGAAUAUGACUUGAGAUUCAAAAAUACAAAUAUAGAUUUGGUUUGGCUUAAGAUUUUAUUAUCUGUGACAGAAAAAGAAGACUUUCCCAAUGAUUUAUAUUGUAGAUUUGAUCAACUGCAUAAUAUCAACAGAUUUCCUCAGAUGCCAUAUGAAAUCAAUGCCAAACACUCAUUGGCUAGAAAUAUCAAAUCAAUGGCUGACAGAUUUGGUGAAAAAGAAUUCUCAUUCCACCCAAAGACAUUUAUACUUCCAGAAGAAUUUCAAUCAUUGAACCAAUAUUCUAAAGAGAAUCCGAAUGUCCAAUUCAUUAUGAAACCAAAGUUUGGUGGAAAAGGAAUUGGUAUCCAUUUGUAUUCAAAUUCUAAUGAAAUUGAAAAUGAUUCUAACUAUGUUGUUCAAGAAUAUUUGGCAAAUCCAUUUUUAAUAGAUGGAAAGAAAUUUACACUUAGACUGUAUGUCUUAAUAACAUCUUUGGACCCUUUAAUAUUUUACAUUCAUAAUAAUGGUGUAUUGAAAUUUGCAACUUCAGACUUUACGAUUGAUAGGAAAACAUUCAAUGAUGAUAACAUGUCAAAGCAUGUCACCAACCAAACAAUAAACAUUAAUCUACCUACAUAUAAGUUCAGCACAGAUCUUUCAGUGGAUGAUAUUGGAAGCAAAUGGAGUCUCAAAGCAUUCUGGAGAUAUCUAGAUAAAAACAAAAUUUAUCCAUCUACAUUAUUGUGGGGUAACAUCAAGGAUGUUGUGGCAAAGACCAUUUUCAGUGUUGAGUUGGCUGUUCUGUCCAAGACAAAUGAAUUGAUGAAAUCGGAAUCAAAUGGAUUCCAACUUUUGGGAUUAGAUAUUGAUUUAUUAGAUAAUUUCCAACCAAUAUUCCUUGAGGCAAAUGUAAAUCCUCAACUAGGUUCUGCCAAACCACCAUUUGAUAACUAUAACAAAUUGCUAUUAAUUAGAGAAACUUUUGACUUGAUUGGACACACCGUUUACAAUUCAACCACAAUGAAAGAAGAUAUCAAAUCAAAACUAUUACAACAAAAAUCAGAUAUAUUUGUUGAUCAAUCAGAGAAUAUAAAACAAUUUGAUCAAAGCUCGCUUGAUAAGCUUGUACAAUUUGAAUUCGAGAAUAUACAUCAUGCCAACUAUGAAUUGAUCUACCCAACCAAAGAAUCAAUAGACUCGCUCUCUAAAUAUCAUCUGAACAAAGAGAGUAACUUGAAUCAGAUGUUACAUCGUUAUGUAAAGAGUGAUGCUAAAGAUUAUUAA